UUUAGGGCUUACUUAGGACAGACCUGGGCAAACUACGACACAUGGAAUAGAUACGGCCCGCUGGGCGUUCUAAUCUGCCUUCCAAGGUAUGGAAAGAUGUCAAUCCUUCUGUUUCAUGCAAUACAACAAAUCAACUCAACUCAAUUUAUUUUUGCCCAGCAUUCUACAUCCAACCAAUACUGAACUGGCCCACCAGUCACCACAAUUUGCCUCAUUUUAGCCAAAAAGUUUGCCCAUCCCUGCCCUUAUGGGGUCACUGUGUGGCGUCUGACGCAAACUGUUCCCCAUUUAAAGAUAUUUUAAAUAAAUGUUCACUCAGCUCUUUUUGGUGAACUUUGAGCUAACGUUUGGUUUAGUCCUGGCUAUCUGCAACAUUAGGAGGUGUUUUGUCCUAACCUUUAUUCUAUAUUGAUAUUUUUGUGAUAAUUUCAGCAAAGAGUAAUAGCAAACAAUAUUUUUUAAAACUAUUUUUACUAAAUGUUUCAAAAGUCUCAGCUUACGUCUGUUUUAGUUUUCACUUAGUUUUCACCUAUAUAAUAUUUACAGCAGUAGCUUUUUACCUGACGUUUUACGUAAUCAUGCCUUUACCCUUGGCUUGAAAAUUGCUAAUAAGAUAGAUUGUUGUGGCUUAUUUUGUAUUAUGCCUAUUUUGUAAUUGUAAAACAGGUCUAGUUUAAUCUCAACAUGUGGUGUACAUUGAGUUUAGCCUUGGCCUAUCACCUUUGUCAUAAUCACUGCCAACUUUUUAUUCCUUGCAGGAUAAUUGAAUAUACUUUGUUGUUUUACUUUUUUGUCACAAUAAGUUGAAGCACAUUCUAGCCAAACAUUGUUAAGGGCAACUUAGAAAUGGGUGUUAAAGUUAUCCCAUCAGAGAGUUGUAGUUAACGACCAACUACGAGGCCACGACCCAUACUUUUGGAGUCACUUCAGUUUAUAUUUUGCUCUCUUACAUGAUAUGUUCGAGCUUUAUUUGUGCACCAUAUACAUUUGUAAGUUGUUUUUUUUUUUUUUUUACAUUAUGGAAGGUCAGUAUUUAACCAGUAAUGUGACUUUUGAGUGUAACACAUGUCAAAACUCCAGUGUGUAACAUUAGGGCAACAAAUAGUAAUAAAAAAGCCUUUAUACAAAUGUAUGCAUUUAGAGUUAAUUCAAAUUAGUAAAAAAAAAAAAAACGUAGUCAAUACCCAACCGACUGAUGCAAUGAGGUUGGAGUGUUUUCGUGAGUGUAGACUUAUUUUUUAUUUUUAACUUACUGUGAAACCACUUGUCAAACCUUUGUGUAAUACCUGAAUGGUUGGUUUUAUAUAGAGCCAGACUAGAAGACAAUAUAAUACUUACCUGAUAAGUCACUUGUAAAUGUUCUUCUUUCAGUUUUAAUGUUGCAAAAUGAUUUCCAUGGAUAAAAACAGAUUACUCAGAACUCUGGAUAAAUGGUUUAUUCCCUGCAUAGUUGACCUGAAAAGCAAAUGGUUAUUCAAGUUUUGCUGACAAAAAAUUAAACAAAUAUUGAAAAUGUCCUAAAAGUUUGUUUUUAAAGAUGUCAUGUAAGAGAAGCUUCCACAAAUGCCUUGAUCUUUGUCAGAUGUCAGUUAGUUCAGGUUUCAAUACAUUUUAUGGGAACUAAAGACAACAUACAGUGUCUGAGGCUUUUUAACCCAAAUGUUUAUGCUUGCACUGCAGUUAUGAGCAGUCUGUUCAGGCCUGGAGAGAUGUCGCUAAUUCUUACACACUGGACGUUUAUGCAGCCACGUGAAGUUGAACACACUGUAGAUUUGAAUAAAAACGUAUUUUCCUGACACAGCAGUUCAGUGGAGAAACAAGUCAAAGUCUACCCUACAUAAGCACAACCCCUGUCACAAUGUCUUUGAGUAGAACUUUGAGAAAAGUAUUUGAUAAAUUUUACAUUUUUUAAAAUGUUUUUAUUUUUGUUGUUCUCUUCUCUCAAACUAAUGUUUGUUUACUAAUUGCUUUUAGGAACACUUAGUGUGCUCCUUGGUGCACAUAUUGGCUACUAUUCUCUGUAUGCAUUUUGUACAUUGAAAAGUAAUACUUUUUAAGAGAGCAUUGAGCCUCAACGCAUAAAAAAAGCAUAACAAGGAAAUGCAUGCAAAGAAUCAUACCCUGAGGGUAUGAUUCUUUGCAUUUCCUUUUCAUGCCGAUGUAUAUUGUAUAUUGUAUGUAUAUUCUAGCUCUCUUUGACCAUGCGGAGAGUUCACACAGUCCCUACAAGAACAAAAAAACAAAAAAAAACAACAGAUUCACCUGUUUGUAUUAUAAUAAACAGGAGUGGUUGAGGUUUCAGUGAAUACGUCUGUGCACUAACCAGAAAAAGAAACUGAUUGUAAAUAUAAAAUGACAGACACCUAUAGGGGGAAAUCAUCUAAAAAGCAGACAGGAAACGUUAAAAGGACCACGUGAUCAAAAAGGACAACUAUAUAUAUAGUUGCAGCACUAGAACUAACCAGUACUAAAAAAGAUGAGUGCUAAAAGGAAAGGAGACCUAACGACAUUGUCAGGAUUCGGUAAUCACAGGGUUAACUCUAGAUCUCAGUCGUGUCCUAUUUCAGGGUUUGCUGCCCAUCCUGUUCCUGCAGUUGUGUGAGGCAGAAAGAAAAAAGCUCGGAGAGAUCAUCGGACCUUCCAUAGAUCAACAGGACGAUGGCGGGCAUCUAUGUGUUCAAAGUUUUCCUGGAGUACCACGGUUCAGCUGCUCUGGGUGAGCGGCACAUCGGAGCAGCACAGAAUUAUUUCUGCCUCCGGCGAAAGUCAGGUGGAGGAGACUGUGGACCCCUGACCUGGGUUUUCGGACAAAUCUACAGUAUUGCUUUCAGAAAUCAAAAAGACCAACAAAACGUCCUGCUGAGGCCCGAUCACAUUGUGGAGCUUCCUGAUGGACCUCUCAGGUUCACUGUCAAAGGAACCUUGGAACCAGAUCACUCUUCUUCUAGUCACAGUUUACCAACUCCCGCACAGAGCCUUCAGCCUAAUCCUGGCUCAAUUUCUCAACCAAGUGGCGAAGAGUAUGAACUGCGCCCGAUGGCUUCUCUCCUUUGCUACCUUCUGGAUUGUGGUCAGGCUAAGAGAGAACUCGAGCAAGAACUUCUCUCCUUGACCUGUUCUCUUCACCUUGAUCCAGACAGGGUUUUAGUCAGGAGAUCAACUCAAUCUGGUGCUGAAGUUGAAGGAAGCAUCUGGAAAGCUCAGGUAGACACGCUCUUUGAUCGCUACAAGUGCCACGUUGAGGUGGACCAACAAAUAGUGAUGGCUUUGAAUCAGUUCCCCAGCAUUCAGCAGAUCCCAGAUGACGUGAAGGUGUAUCAUGAGGAUUCAGUGGCAGUUGUUGUUGGGAAGCAUGCCCAGGUUGAUGCUUUUUUGUCAUCUUUGAAAUCUAAGUGGGCAUGUUUACGUGAAAAGGACUGGCAUUUCCAAGGGACAAGUACCAGUUUUGGUAUGUCUAUGGAGACAGAAACUGACAGCAAAGUCACAGCCAGAGGAGCCACUGCUGGUCCAAUCAAAGACAGUGUCCAUGUUGAGGUUGUUCCGGACACUUUGAAAUCCCACCAAAUUUCUGGAAGACUGUCUGAAGGGAUUCCCCAACCUGAGGAAGCUUUGACUCCAAUCAGAACCAUUUUGCUUGGGAAAACAGGAACUGGGAAAAGCACCCUUGCUAACACUAUAUUUGGGGAGGAGGGUUUGUUCCCUACAAACUGCACAUUUACAUCUGUAACAAGCAGAUGUCAGGCAGAAACUAGGUCUGUUCAUGGAAGAAGCAUCACCCUGAUCGACACUCCAGGUUUAUUUGACACAAAUAAUCCUAGGGAAGACAUUAGAUCCCACCUGAUAAACGGUAUCAUUGAGUGUGCACCAGGUCCUCACGCUUUUCUCAUUGUCCUUAAAAUUGAGCGAUUCACUCAGCAAGAGCAGGAGGUCAUCAAUGAGAUCCUUCAGAUUUUCUCUGACGAUGCUCUUCAAUUCGCCAUCCUUGUCUUUACCCAUGGAGACCAGCUCCCUGAAAGAGCCAACUUUCAAAAAUUGAUCAACGAGAAUGUGAAUUUGAGCAACCUGGUAAGGAAAUGCGGUGGUCGAUACCACAUCUUUGAUAAUAAGCCUGGUAAAAAUAAAGAGCAUAGAACGGCCAGUAGCAGGCAGGUAGAAGAGUUGAUGAACACAAUAAAUGAGAUGGUGGCAAAGAACCAUGGUGGCUACUACACCAAUGCAAGGCUGUACCAACUGACGGAGGAUAUAAAAGAGGACGAGAUGGUUUUAAUCAAGUCAUCGCCACACCUGUCCAAGGAAGAGAUCACUAGGCAGGCAAAAGAGAAUGUGGCUAGCAAGAUUCUCAUCCAGCUGACGGGAAUUGCAACAGGAGCAAUAGUAGGAGCAUUCUUUAGCUUGUCACUAUACAUGGGAUUAAAUAUCACAGCUAUAAACGGCGUUUCUGGGGUACUUCAACUUAAAAAAGCUGCAAAGGAAGGCAUUAACAUAGUCAGUAAAAGAAGCGGGGGGUUAGCAGUUGCUGGAAUGGUGGCUGGAGCAGGGGGAAUAGCAGGAGGUUUCAUUGGGUAUCACGCGGCAAAAACUGCCAACACCCCAGCAGAGGCAAUGUGCAGUGCAGCCAGGGAAGUCUCCAACUUUGGCAGACAAUUAAAUCUAAAAUAAAUGAUUGGCCGCAGGAAAAGUAAAAACUCUCAUGAGUCAGUAAGUCUUAUUCUAACACUUUCUGACUUUUUUUUUAUUAUCCAUGGGUACAGAGAGUUCUUCUAACAAUAAUUCUAUGUUGUAUAAUCCAGAGAACAAGGUACAAGUUGUCCUAGUCCUAGUCCUAGUAUCUUUACCAAUGAGACCAUUAGGAUGGAAGUAGUCACAGUGAGCAUCAUCGGAGUGGCCUGGUUUCAAUGGAAACAUUUGUUGUUUUUUUCUUUCAACUACAAGAUUUGGUGAUGGUUCCUCGAUAAGUGGGUGGUGGAGUUUUCUGUUAAGAAGAAACUUUUGGGUUUCAAUCUGUGUGCAUGUCCAAGGAGGAGGGUAAUAGACCAAGUCAAUCAUCUACCGUUGCUUUGAAACUCAAUGAUGAUUCUCUUUUUUAAAUGUGUGUAUUUGAAAGUCUUGGCUCUCAAAGUGUCAAAAAGACAUUAAAACAAUACAAAUCACAAACUAAA